AUGAGGGCUAUUGAUGCCCGUAUGAAUGAGCUUGAAACAAGGGUGGAAUUGUUUUGGCGCCAAAGAAGUAGGCAGGACUGGUUGAAAAAUGGUGAUAAGAAUACAAACGGUCAAGUGGAAGUACAGCCAGUAAUUGACAAGGUGCAACGGAAGGUAACUGAUGAGAUGGGUGAAAUGCUAAGGACCUCGUUCACUGGGGAGGAGGUCUAUGAGGCGCUUAGCCAAAUGCACCCAACAAAGGCUCCCGGUCCAAAUGGCAUGUGUGCAUUGUUCUAUCAGAAAGCCUGGCAUAUUAUUGGUAGAGAUGUAAUUGAUACGGCGCUAGAAAUUUUAAAUAAUGAUGCUCUUGCUAAUAGGCUUAAAAAAGCGCUCCCUGAUGUGAUCCAUGAGUCGCAGGGUGGUUUUGUCCCAGGAAGGCUGAUAACAGACAACAUUCUGGUGGCAUAUGAAUGUUUUCACUAUUUGAGGAAAAAGAGGAAAGGGAAAACAGGGUAUCUAAGACUCAAAUUAGACAUGAGUAAAGGUUACGACCGAGUUGAAUCGGAGUUCCUGGAAGCAAUGAUGGUGAAGCUGGGGUUCCUUAGAUCAUUUGUAGAUGUAACAAUGAAAUGUGUCAAAUCUGCUUCCUUCUCGAUUUUGCUUAAUGAGGGCCUGUCCACCCUCCUUAGAGUUGCUGAGAAGAAGAAAGAAAUUCAUGGGGUCAAAAUUGGUAAGAAAGUUGACCCAAUCUCGCAUUUGUUUUUUGCAGAUGAUAGCCUUCUGUUCAUUAAGGCAAAUUGUGAAGAAGUGGAGAAAAUCCUGGAUAUCUUUUCUAACUAUGAAGCUGGAUCAGGUCAGAAACUGAAUAUGGAGAAAUCGGAAGUUUCGUUUAGCCGAAAUAUUGAGCCGGAAAAGAAAGAAUUGCUUCAGAUGAAGUUGAACUUUAAGGCUGUUGACGAACAUGAUAAAUAUCUUGGACUCCCAACGUACAUUGGUAGUUCAAAGAAACGUGUUUUCCAGAGUAUUCAGGAGCGUAUUCUGAAAAAGCUUAAAGGAUGGAAAGAGGGAUUUGUGUCACAGGUUGGUAGGGAGAUUCUCAUAAAAACGGUUGCUCCAGCCAUCCCAACCUACUCAAUGCAAUGUUUUGCUAUCCCGGUGGGUAUUUUGAAAGAGAUGGAGCGGGCAUGGCGAGUGAUGACAAACACCAGCUCAUUGAUGACAAAAACCCUGAAGAACAAGUACUUCCCGAAUACUACCUUUCUUGAGGCGAAAGCAAGCCCGGUUGCUAGCUAUACAUGGCGAUCCAUUUUAAUUGCGAGAAAGCUGGUGCAACAGAAUGCCAUCAAAGUAGUGGGAGGGGGUCACUCAAUUAGUGUGUGGCGAGACCCUUGGAUACGUGGCCUGCCACAUUUCAAACCACUCCCGAGAAGUGGCUGUACAGAGGAAUUACCCCAAAAGGUCUCUGAUUUGAUGAAUAAUGGGCGAUGGGAUUCUUCGACUUUGCAGGAGGCAAAAAAAGAUGAUCAUGCAACCAACUCGGAUAAUCAAGUUCUCUCAAUCUGGGGGAAGGUUUGGAAGGCAAAGGUGGCCCCAAAAGUGCUGAAUUUCGGAUGGAAGGUUCUCCAUGACAGCAUACCAGUGAAGGAGAAAUGGUAUGGAGACAAUUGUGUGAUGAGGAAAAUCACUAUAAGAAAAGUUAUAGACAAAGCUGUUAGCUUUGUGGGAGAGUGGGAGAAAGCAAAUGAAGUCAUGGUGCAUGAGGGACCCAGAAUGCCUCAAUUGGUGAAGGUAUGGAAACCACCUGAUGAAGGGUGCUACAAGAUAAACUCGAAUGCUGCUCUAUUUGGGGAAAAUCUGGUAGGAUUUGGUGGGGUGGUUCGUGAUUACCUGGGGGACAUAAUGAUAGCAACGUGCGCGUCAAUGGAGGGAGAGUUUCAGGUCGAGGAAGUGGAAGCGAUGGCUGCUCGCCACUCGCUGCAGAUUGCGACUCAAGCCGGGCUGCGAACGGUGGAGUUAGAAACUGACAAUGUGAAGCUCUUUUCACAUUCGAAGAAAAGUUUUGGGGGAAAUACGGUAGCACAUAUCCUUGCUAGGGAGAGUAACAAUUAUAGUGAAAUGCGAGUAUGGAUGGAAGAGGUUCCUAGUGUAGCGCAUAAUGCUGUAAUUUUGGAUUCACUAUUGAAGGAAUAA